UAUGAAUCUUUGGUCUUCUCUAUGUUCAGAAAUACAUGUAUUACUAUUCUAGUAAUAUUAAUCAAAGAGUUAAUUUUGAUGCCUAUCUGCCAUAUUUAGAUAACUUAAAAGGUCUCUUUAGCAUGCUGAUAACAUACACAGUUAAGGCGGCGCCACACGGGGUUUCGCAAAAACUGUUUUAUUGAAACCUCAGUUUCCCGAAACCAAGGAAACUGGGUUCAUGGAAACUGUUUCCCCGCUUGCGAUGCCACACGGGCAGACUUGUUUCCGAAAACGUUACAAAGUGCGCGACAGUAGCGUCCCUUGAUUUCUGCAAUGGCGGACUCAGCAGACGACGAGAUGCUGAUGCUUACAGCAGCCCUUCAUGUUUUAAAAGAAAAAGAAGACAAAGCGAAGGUGGUGGGUAAGACUAUCGCUUAAAAGAAGAGCCAAGCAGGGGCGCCUACAAUUGUCUGAUGCGGGAACUGAGUGCUGAGGAUUCAGACUCUUACAGCAACUUUGUGAGAAAGGACCCGCAGCACUUUCAGAUGCUACUCGCACGUAGAGAGCCGUACAUCGCAAAGCAGACAACAAAUAUGUGCGAGUGGAUCUCACCUAGCGAAAGGCUUGCUGUGACGCUGAGAUUUCUAGCUGCAGGAGACAGUUACCAGUCCUUGGUUUUUCUUUAUUGUCUGGGAAAAAGUACCAUUGGUGAAAUCAUUCUAGACACAUGUAGAGCAAUUACUGUUGCUCUGAAAGAUCAGUAUUUGAAGGUUCCCAAUACAACACAAGAAUGGGAAGCCAUUGCAAGAGCCUUUGAAGAAAAAUGGAAUUUUCCACACUGUAUUGGAGUUAAAGAUGGAAAAAAUAUUGCUAUGAAGGCCCCUCUGAAAAGUGGUUCUAUGUACUUUAAUUAUAAAGACUUUCAUUCAGUUGUUUUGCUAGCCGUGGUAGAUGCAUUUUAUCGGUUUAUUUGGUAUGAUGUAGGGGAAAAUGGAAGAAACAAUGAUGCCGGAAUAUUUGCCUGCACUACACUUUCCAAGGCAGUUGAAAGUAAGACCCUUCAAGUUCCUGCACCAAGGGAACUUGCUCAUUCACAUGUUAAGAUGCCUUUUGUACUUGUGGGAGAUGAGGCAUUCCCAUUGAAGGAACACCUUAUGAAGCCAUAUCCCCAACGAGGACUAGGUGAUCAUGACAACAUUUUCAAUUAUCGCUUAAGUAGAGUGAGGCGUGUCUCUGAAAAUACCUUUGGCAUAUUGGUCAACCGAUUCAGACUACUGUUAAAUACAUUAAAUCUAUCUCCUGAUGUGGUUGCUUGUGUAACAGAAAGCUGUGUAGCUCUUCACAACUUUCUUAGGACAUAGAGGGAUGUGGCAUAUGGACAAUAUAUAAAAAAAGAAAUGGAGCACGGGUUAGGGAUAGCUCUGAAGAAAGAGAAAAUUUUUUCACAGGUAAUCAUUCUACUCUUUCUGCAAGAGAAGUGAGAGACAAAUUUUGUGGCUACUUCUGGGCUCAUGGUGAGGUUUACUGGCAGUGGGAUCAAAUAUAAAACUAUUUGUUGCAAUGUAUCUAGCUAAGAGUCCAUGAUCUUUAAUAAUCAGGGUUUUUUUCCUAAAAUAAACUUGCUGAGCUGGUCAGAAACAUUUCAUUUUUUAAAUUUAUUGCCUGUUUAAAAUAGUUACAAUUUAUGUAUAUUUUAUAGCGCUUUUAUAUAUCUGAUUUUUAUAGUUUUGAGCAAUCAUUUACAAUUCAACUCUUUUUUUUGUAGUGAGUAGUGACAUACAGCCAUCUCACACAUUGUCAUUUAAAUCUGUAUAUUGAUGAAUCUUUUUUUAAUUUAUUUUUUCAAUAAAUGUAUUUUGCAAAUUACAGUGUAUGCUCAGAGAUCUGUGAUAUACAAUUUAUUAUCUGGUCUGUGUAUAUUUCAUGACAAUUUGAUUGUAGACAAGUUGAGUGGGAGGAGGGUGGAAUGCUCAGUAUUGUUGACAACAAAAUUUUUAUCAAACUGUUAACAGUAGGAUAUUUUGAGCCACCUUAAACAACCUUUGUGAGAAAAUGUAAUAAAUUUAUUAUAUGUUACUAUAUAUAUAAAAAUCAAUCU